AUGCCAUCCCUUCCCGCCCCAUUGCCGAGUCCCUUCGACCCGAAGGCAUUGACGUUCCCUCCCCCUCCGAACUACGCUCCUACCAAGACUACUGGCCUACCUGCGCUUCCGUCCCCACCUCGGCGGUCUCUCCUUGACGAGUGGUACACCCUUUCGACUCACCUUGUCCCCGCUGCAAAUCCUCGAAUCACGCCAUACAUCCCUCCUCCAGCGCUCCCUCAGUGGACGCCCAAUAAGGAGGAGUACAAGGCUGCCGUACGCAACACGACCGACGCCGUUAUCUCCACCAAAGAGAAGCAAUGGCAGGGUCAGUUGGAUUCCCUGGAUCCCAACGACCGACCACUGUGGAAUUGCGUGAACAGAUAUGUCCGCAAAGGUUUCGGUCCUAGCCUCGUGGGCGCGCGUCCGAAGGGCGUUACGCUAUUCCUCGCGCACCCGAACGGGUUUCCCAAGGAGAUAUGGGAACCUGGGCUUGAGCGUCUCGUCACGGAGUACUCUGCUAAGGCCAGCUACCAGGUCGACGAGAUCUGGGCCUGGGAAGCAGCGAAUCACGGCGAUGCUUGCCUUAUCAACAUUGCCAACCUUGGCGGUAUAUUCGACUGGCGGGAUAACAGCCGCGAUAUCCUGCACUUCCUCCUGCACUACCUUCCCGCGUCGGCAUCGCCUGCACCUCUCCCCACUCACCUUCCAAGGUUGUCUGACGCUGAGGCAGACUCUCGGAAGAGAAAUGGUUUCCAAGACCGAAAUUUGCUCUCUGUAGGGCAUUCCUUUGGCGGCGCAUCUAUUCUUCGCGCGGCCAUCGAGUUGCCCACACUGUUCGAGCGGUUGUUCCUCGUCGAGGCGAUGGUAUGCCCCAUGGACACAACAACUCCAAAGGCCACAGAUGUCAUCGAGAGGUUCGUUAGCGGGGCCAUCCAAAGACGCGACGGGUGGUCAUCUCGCGAGGAAGCGUACAAGACGUUCGCAUCAACACCCUUCUUCGCCGCAUGGGACCCAGCCGUGCUCGAGAUCUACGUCCAGUGCGCGUUGUACGACGCGCCAGACGGGCGCGUGAAGCUCAAGAUGCCUGGCCUUCAAGAGGGAAUCUGCUUUGCGGAGGCCCGCGCUACGUACGAGACGUUCGAGCUGCUGCCGACUCUUGACGAGCGGAUCGAGGCGCGCUGGCUCGUCGCGGGUAAGCUGGACCCUUGGCAACACUGGCAGAGGUGGCGUGCUGUAUGGCGGCGUCCCGCGAACACGUCUCAUGUGCGCAUUUUGGAGUCUGGACACCUGAUUCCGCAGGAGGUACCGUCGAUAUUUGCCAAAGAGCUGCACGAGUUCUUGAACAGUAGAUACGGAACUCAGCGAGCUUUGCUAUAAGUGGCAAAUAUGUUCAUAAUUAGAUAACGAAGGGAUUAUACAUGUAAUACAGUUACUUCCCAAGUUCACGAGUGCGAUGAAGUUGCAUGCACAAUUCGAGGUCCCAUCAUACCUUUUUCCCCACAAAUCCACAGCUCGAAGGUCAUCGUGCGGUAACGUGGGUCUCCGGAGUGUCUUGCAUGAUUGCUACUAGAAACCAAGAAAGCUUCCGGAUGCAAGGAGUACCAGUCUAACAUAUCUACUCAAUAAUUAGAGCAUACAUCAAAUGUACUAGCCCAAACGACACCAUCGUCCUGCCAGUAUACCGUCCAAAGCAGUAUGGCACUGUCCAGGAGCGUCAACACACACCAUGGCCCCACCCAAAUAUGCUUAAGGAUGAACUCCAGCAACGAAUAUCAUCGCAACGACAAAGCCUCCAAAUAAUAACACGCCGCUUAUCGCCGCAGCCAGGCGACAUCUCAUGAUCCACGGGUCGUCUCUGCUUGAUCCAUACCGUCUUCUCAGCCUAUGCGCCCAGCUGCGACGGCCCGCUUCCGGAGCGAGCGACUCCACAGAAGGAGCAAGGAGGGGAUACCACGAGGUGGCCUUGAUCCGCUUGUGGUCGAUCGUGCCCCCCAGCUUCUCGGACACGGGUGCGUAGCCGGACUCGCCGUGAGCACUGCGCCCGUUGGCGACAGCCCCGUCUGCACUAUCGACGGCGACGUGCUUCCCCUUGCGCCUGCGCUGCCACAACGGCAGCAACGGCCCAGCCGUCUCGACCGUCUCCCGCUCUCCGGAUAGCAGCCAGCCCCCAAUGAGCCAACACCAGGGCGCGAUGAACCCAAGCCAGAAAAGGACAAACGCGCGCGUCACCUGGCUCCUCGCGGGUCCCUUGGGUGGCGGGUGCGCAAAGCGCGCGGAGCCAAACGAGAGGCCCUUCAGCCAGCGCUGCUCCAGAUUCUCGUAGAACGACGAGCUGUCGGACGAGCGCGAGCGCGAGCCAAAAAUUCCGCGAGAGUUGCGCGGGGUCCCCGAGAGCGUGCUGGGGGGCACUGGGUUCUGCGGGCGCAGCCCUGUGCGGCUGUUCGGCCGCGUGUAGUCUCCUCCCUCGGGCUCUCCAUCUAACCUAGGGGCGUCUGGAAGCCCUGCAGGGUGCGCGCGAUGUGUUGCGUCCGUGUCGACCGUCUCUGUGGCUGAGCCCCUGCUCCGGUCAGAUGCGAGCUGCUCUGGGUCCACGAAGAGAUCCCUGAGUUCCUUGAGCGACUGGCGCUCAUCCAGCCCCGGAGGAGGGGUCUUCGGUGAUGAGGGAGGGGUGGCGUAGGAGCUCGAACGCGCGCUUGCCGACGCGCCGUCUUCGUAUAUCACCGACACCAUGUUCGUUUGGCGCGGGCUGCCGAUGACGGUGGGCAGCGUCGGGAUAGGCAUGCGCGACUUGCGCGGAACAGGCGCUUGCAGGAUCACUGGAGACUGCGGGCCAGGCGGCACGCACACAGCACUCUGGAAAUUGGGCCGCAAGUCCAGAGGCGGUAUGACAGGGGGAGUCGCGGAGGAGAGAUUCGACAGGUGCGUGCUGGUGGAUGUCUGACUGAGGGAACGCUUGAGCGGGCGAUUGAUGAAUGCGCUGUGCGAUGCUGAAUGAGUGGUGAUCCUGUCGAACGUGCGAAUGGAGUCCGGUGUCUUAGGCACGCUGUCCAUCGACAGCUUCCUAUGAGGCGGAAAUGGGACUUGUUGCUCGUGGAUAGGGGAAAGCUGCUUGAGGAGCGUAUGGUGGCCAUUGCGCUGGGAUCCCUCGCUCUCCACGUCCGAAUCGUCCGAGGCGGACAAUGAGUCUCGAGGGAGCUUGAGUGAUCGAGAGCUCUGCACUCCCAGGGACGAUGGCCGGUACUCCCGCGUGAGGGGUGUGUUUGACACCGGUGCUAGCGACAGCGACGGGGAGGACACCGAGCGGCCCAUCGGAUGCGACUCCCAGUGCACGGGGGUCGUAGGCGUGGGGAGGCGCAUGCUACUGUUGCUGACGGACCUCGGGGAGUCGCCGUCGCCGCUCAGGCGCCGCGAGCCAGAGGGCGUACCCGUGCCCGAAUGCGGUGUCUUCCAGAAGACGUGUGACGGACCUGCGUGGAGGUUGUCUCCACCCGCAGUUAUCGUGACGGUGGUCGCCGUCGAGGUCGACGGUUGGGAGGAGUGUUUCCGGGUCAGCAGCGGGGUGUAGUCGGAAGACUCUACGCUCGUUCGGGCGCGCUCAAGGGGAAGGUCGCUGCUGUCCGAGUCCCUACCGUUGGCCCUAUUGACGUCACGAUCACCCAGCCUGCUCCUUGCCUCUAAUCCAGCGAGCGAGUCGCGCUCAUGCUCUCGAUAUCGUUCCGGAUUGAGUGGGGUUGCGACGGGACGAAAGACUCGACUGAAAGUGUUCGCGAGCAUUCUGCGAUCGAUGUACAGGAGUCCCGGACGGCCGGGAUCGGAUCAGGAAGAAAUAUGCAAGCUCGAUGAGAGGACUUGAACGAGUGAAUGUGAAUGUGAGCAUUGCGGGACACAUAUAUACGUCGGCUCCUUCUGGGCGCAGCACCACGGGCCAGUGACGGCAUGCACGGCGGGAGGACCGGACGAAAGCGCAUGUCUGCACCUCACCCCAUGUGCACCGCAAGCAUGAGAUUAAGGCCAUGCACAUCAGCGCGAAGACGCAAAGACCACAAAGACGGCACUGACAUUGCCCCGGCUUGACUGAUUCAUACAUGACGUUGCGAUUCAACCCAAAUUGAAUAUUGUCCAUAGAGUGCAG